GGGCAUCCCAGUGCCAGGAACAGUUUCAUUUCUAUGCGGAAAUUCCCAGUGCAUGGAGGAGGGACCCUUUCGAUUCAUUAGCAGCGGUGAGAGCCUUCCUUUAGAGCAGCCACAAAGAAGAGAGAGGCACAGCUUUCAAUCUCUUCCUGGUUUCCAGCCCUUGAUACUUUCAUCAUAUCUCCCCAACAGCCUGGGAGGUAUGUAAAAGUAACAGUGCUCUUGUCAUCCUUUAAAUUCCACAUUCCUCUUCUUUCUUUCUUUCUUUCUUUCUUUCUUUCUUUCUUUCUUUCUUUCUUUCUCUUUGCUCCUUCCCAUGGAUAAAAUUUCCCCAGCGGCCAGAAUCGCUGUCUGGGAAGCAUAUUUCCUUCUAAUCGGUUUUACAGCUCUUUUAAAGUAAUAUGUCAGAUCAUUUUCUCCAUAUACAUAGUUAAUGAAAGUAACCCUACAAAUUCAUUUUGAAUAGAUGGAAGUUGUUAUAACCCUGAUCUGGAAUUUAUUAUGUUCAUUACAAUCUUGCUGAAGUAGGUAAUGUAAUGGACUAUUACUUUUAUUAUCUUUUUAAUCCCUCAAAAUUAUUAGGAACUGACUAAUAUUUGGCAUCACCCUAUUCAUGUUUAAACAGAAAUUGAUACCGCCAUUCAUCUAACAAAUGAUGGAGUGCUUCCCCUGCCCCCCCUCCAUCAAAGGCGGGGGGGAUAACUUGGAAAGGUUUUUCAAUCUGGAUCAGUCCCAAAGUUUCCAAAAGAAAACUAUAAGAAUGUGAUAAAUCAGUGCUCUUAAGUUGUUUGAAGCAUUUAAAGGAUAGGAUUUUAGUGGCUUCAUAUCCCCUGGCUAUGACAUUGUUGCUCCUUAAUUUUAAAAGCCAAUAAACCAGAAGCCUUGCACUUCUCUCUGGGUCAAACCACUUGCUUAAUAACCAAUUGUGCACUUAAAUAUAGGUGGCCUAUACUAUUGGUUUAAUUGCAGAAAAAGAAAAAAAGGGGAAAAAACACCAGAUGCUUUUGUUUUAAAGUAAGUUCCUCUACUGAAGAGGCUAGAACAGCUCAGUUGGUUAGAGCAUGAUGCUGAUAAUAUCAACCUUGCAGGGUCAAGCCCCAUAAGGGACAGCUGCAUAUUCCUGCAUUGUAGGGGACUGGACUGGAUGAUCCUUGGGGUUCCCACCAGCUCUGCAAUUUUGAUUCUACAUAGUUUAUACGGGACGCGGGUGGCACUGUGGGUUAAACCACAGAGCCUAGGACUUGCCGAUCAGAAGGUCGGCGGUUCGAAUCCCCGCAAUGGGGUGAGCUCCCGUUGCUCGGUCCGUGCUCCUGCCAACCUAGCAGUUCCAAAGCAUGUCAAAGUGCAAGUAGAUAAAUAGGUACCGCUCCGGCGGGAAGGUAAAUGGCGUUUCUGUGCACUGCUCUGGUUCGCCAGAAGUGGCUUAGUCAUGCUGGCCACAUGACCAGCUCCCUCGGCCAAUAAAGCGAGAUGAGCACCGCAACCCCAGAGUCAGUCACGACUGGACCUAAUGGUCAGGGGUCCCUUUACCUUUACCUAGGGGACUGGACUGGAUGAUCCUUGGGGUUUCCACCAGCUCUGCAAUUCUGAUUCUACAUAGUUUAUAGCUGCAGGGACUUGGUCAGAUGGGCAGGGUACAAAUAAAUUAUUAUUAUUAUUGUUGUUGUUGUUGUUGUUGUUGUUGUUAAUUUGUUUUGCAAGAGACAAUCAAAAGGCUUCUUAAAUGCAUAGGCCUUGCAUACUCAACUUGUUUUGUCAGAUGCAUACCAUUGUAGUCUAAUUUCCUUGUACAGUGGUACCUCUGGUUACAGACGCUUCAGGUUACAGACUCCACUAACCCAGAAAUAGUACCUCGUGUUAAGAACUUUGCUUCAGGAAGAGAACAGAUAUCACGCAGCAGUGGGAGGCCCCAUUAGCUAAAGUGGUACCUCAGGUUAAGAACAGUUUCAGGUUAAGAAUGGACCUCCAGAACAAAUUAAGUUCUUAACACGAGGUAUCACAAUGGGAGCACAAAAUGAUCUUGAUAAAUGUUUCAAGUGGGAGAACCCCCGUGUUUAUACAUCAGAAGUACAUGACAUAAAUCUGCAUGAAAUAAACUCAAAUGCACUCUUCCAUUCCGUACAGCACCAUCUUCAAAAUAUAUCUUAUUUAUUUGUUGGCUUAAAAAACAAACCAACAACAGCUUUCCCAAUCUCUCCAGGCAAUUCGCAAUAAAAACUAAUAUGCAUUUAUACUUAAAAUCAAAUGAAUAUUUAAAACAAUACAUUGCAGUGUUCUGGCUUUGCAAACAGCUAGAAAUUAAAAAAUAUCUGGAGGGACCACAAAGCAUUGCUGGAGAGCAUCUUUUGCACGCAGGAAGUUCCAGGUUCAAUCCCAGGCACCCUCAGUUAAAAAGAGCAGGUGAUAGGGAAAUAUCCCUGCUUUAGGUCCUGGAGAACUUCUGUCAGUAAGAAAGUAUACAGUAGUGGUCUAGACUGGGAUGGGGAACCUUUUUCAGUCAGAGAGCUGCAUUCCCUUCUGGGCAACCUUCUCAGGGUCACAAGCCAAGGGUGGGCAGAGCCAGAAAUAAUAAUAAUAAUAUCAUUUAUUAUUUAUACUCCACCCAUCGGGCUGGGUUUCUCUAGCCACUCUGGGUGGCUCCCAACAGAAUUAAAAGCACAAUAAAACAUCAAACAUAAAAAACCUCCCUAAACAGGGCUGCCUUCAGACGUCUUCUAAAAGUCAGAUAGCUGUUUAUUUCCUUGACAUCUGAUGGGAGGGCGUUCCAUAGGGCAGGCGCCACCACCAAGAAGGCCCUGUGCCUGGUUCCCUGUAACCUCGCAGUGAGGGAACCACCAGAAGGCCCUUGGCGCUGGACCUCAGUGUCUGGGUAGAAAGAUGGGGGUGGAGACGCUCCUUCAGGUUUACUGGACCGAGGCCGUUUAGGGCUUUAAGGAUCAGACCAACACUUUGAAUUGUGCUCGGAAACUUAUUGGGAGCCAAUGUAGGUCUUUCAGGACCGGUUUUAAAUGAAACAAACAUUGGCAGGGCCAGGGACAAAAGUAGUCAGAGCAACAGAUGUGACUCUAACCCAGGGGUCAGCAAACUUUUUCAGCAGGGGGCCGGUCCACUGUCCCUCAGACCUGGUGGGGGGCCGGACUAUAUUUUGAAGAUGAAAAAAGAACAAAUUCCUAUGCCCCACAAAUAAACCACAGAUGCAUUUUAAAUAAAAGGACACAUUCUACUCAUGUGAAAACACACUGAUUCCCGGACCAUCUGCAGGCCAGAUUUAGAAGGCGAUUGGGCCGGAUCCGGCCCCUGGGCCUUAGUUUGCCUACCCAUGCUCUAAUCUAUACACACUAGGCUAUACAGUAUUUCAGCCAUGCAGAAAGUAGUGGCAGACUUUGAGCUCUCAAAUUUCAACUGCGCCCUGUGCAACACUAAAAUUCACCCCUUCACCUCUCACACUGUUCUACGGCGUUGUUGUGGUACCCCCUGGAGUGCAGCCAAACUGGUCACACUCCCCUAAAACGGCCUCUGCCAAAUUGUAAUACAACAGAAUGCAACAUAACAACCAGAAGAAGCAAGAUCAAUGCAGUUAAAAACUGCGCAGCCCCUAGCACAGUGCAUUGCAAUGGCUGCUGCAGGAAGAAAAACCAUUAAGUGAUCCCCCAAGAUCAUCGGCAAUUUUCAGGUGGUCUGUGGAGAAAAAUGUUUAGGAACCACUGGACUAGGGAGUUGGUUUUGCUGGGCAGGGAAGGCUCUCAAGGAGGAAUAAGAAUCAGAAUGGGCCUGACUGCGUAAGCAAGACAAGUGGCCUGUUGGAGAAACAUACUUAUAGAGAGGUCAAUGCAGUGUCUUGUGAUCCAAAGAUUGCAUUCAGCCUUAGAGUCACCCCAGCAUUCUCUGUCACAUUGUAUGGGGUCCUCCUGGGAUGCCCUUCCAAGCAACGUAUCUUGUUCCAGUCCUGGUGAAAGAUGGAAUAUGAUGGUAGCUAUGCUAUUAUUAUUAUUAUUAUUAUUAUUAUUAUUAUUAUUAUUAUUUGUACCCCGCCCAUCUGGCUGGGUUUCCCCAGCCACUCUGGGUGGCUUCCAACAAAAUAUUAAAAUACAACAUUAAAACAUUAAAAGCUUCUCUAAACAGAGCUGCCUUCAGAUGUCUUCUAAAAGUCUGGUGGUUGUUCUUCUGUUUGACAUCUGGUGGAAGGGCGUUCCACAGGGCAGGCGCCACUACCGAGAAGGCCCUCUGCCUGGUUCCCUCUAACUUGGCUUCUCACAGAGAGGGAACCGCCAGAAGGCCCUCGGCGCUGGACCUCAGUGUCCGGGCAGAACGACGGUGGUGGAGAUGCUCCUUCAGGUAUACUGGACUGAGGCUGUUUAGGGCUUUAAAGGUCAGCACCAACACUUUGAAUUGUGCUCAGAAACGUACUGGGUCUCAGAUAUCAUUGCACAUCUCUCCUAAACACUGAAGAAAUGCAAUAGGUUUGCUACCAAACACAAGAAAUCAUCUUUCAGCGGUAUAUGACAGGACCUCUCCUCUCUAUUCCUGCCAUAAUGAUAUUCACAUCUUAUGAUCUGUAACGAAGAUAAAAAAUAAAAAGAGCCAAGGGGCAAAAAAAAAAAAAAGAAUUCCAAACACUGCUUUAAUAAGAGCGAAAGCUUUUUCUCUCAUCCUAGCCCUGAGGCAAAUAAAUGAAAGUGUCCGCCCAAUAUUCUUGUAGGUUUAAACUGAAUGGAAGUGUUCCUUUUGAAAAGCUCGUUCUGUCUGACAGUCGUGAAUGUGUUCCUAUUUCAGUCUCUCUUUGGACACCCAUCUUGUCUGUGCUGACGUGGCUUUUCAUUUAGCUAAAGAUUAACAGGAUGCAACAGAAUGACAGGAAUCCAGGACAACUUCACUGCACAGAACGCAAUUGUUCCUAUGCGUGUGUGUGUGUGAUUGGGUACCAAAAAUAGUGUUGAAAGCACUAUUGCUUGCAAUAUCCCUGACACGAAGGUACUAUUAUUAUCUCCAUAUUGUAGAAAUGAGAGAAGGACACUUGCCUAAGACCAUUUAAUUGAAUUCAUAACACAGCUGACAUCUGAAUGAGGGACUGAAUCAACUUCUUCAACACCAUGCUACCCUCCCAGCUGCAAACCUAUACAUACUUACCAGGGUGUAAGCCCCUUUCAACUCAGUGAUGUUUACUUCAGAGUAGAGAUGUAUAGAAUUUCAUUGCAAAUCUCAAAAAUUAUCACCUAUCUUUUUUUUAAUACACGCAAGUGUGUGUGUGUAUCUUCAGUUCUGUCUAUAACUUUGCACAUAUAUCUUUCAAUUUCUUUUGCUGAGAUGUGUUAAAUAUAACAUCCAAAAAGCUCCAGAGAGCCAUUUAUUUCAAAAGUAUUUCAGCUGUCUGCAUUGGAAUAAAUACGGCAAUGCAAGUGUUGUUAUAGUGAUGGCUUUAUAAAGUACAAAAUGCAGUGAACAAUGCGCCUUUUAGAGGGCCCUGGACAGUUGCAAGCCAUGGCAGAACAAUGUAGAAAUUCAUUUCAUCUCUUUUAUGAUUAGUUUUCUGUAAAAACUGUGCCAUGUACAAUCGAAAGCACACUCUAAUAUUGUCAAACAUACAUCCUAUGAACAGUGUGAAUGGAGUGAGUUGGGUUGGGGAUGUGUUAUCACCAAAGCAAUUGCAGCAGAACAAUUAUUCCCAUUUUGAAUAAAAGUGCACUGUGAACUUCUCAACUGAUUACAGUUCUUCCGUUCUUUCUGAAACAACUCUCGGUUCGAUUAAUUAGCUAGUUAAGCUAAGUAUUACAGCAUCUCUGUGCCAUUAGCAAUUUGAGGUUCUUUGCUGAAGGUCAUUUUGCUAAUAUGCCGGAGACACAUGGAGCCUGUUGCACAUAUCAUGGUUAAAACCUGAAUGUAGGCAUCCGCUUCAAUUAAGAUCGGAUCAAAAUCUACAUUUUAAUAUCGGAUUAAUCAGUGGGUGCUUUAAUCAUGCCCGUGCAUCUAUUAAUGCUCUCUUCGUCCCUAAUUGCUUGGGAACAAGAGGACUACCAGAGAAGGGGGUUCUACAACUGUAACAACUGUGCAGAGCCAGAGUCAAGGAAACUAUUAGAAGCUGGGAGGUAAAUCUUCUUGUUCCUGUCAGCAGGCUGCAUGAACAGGACCUGUGUGCAUCUCCCCUUUCCACAGUUACACAGCAGACUCUUUACACUCUUGGAAUCCUUAAGUACAGCAGAAUGGAAAUGGCACUGGAGAGUCGAACACUAAGUGGGAAGGGCGGAGAGUCUCUUGAAAUGAACUGCACACAGUCCGUUGUGUUGGCAUGAUUGAUACUGGAGCAUGUAGGUGUAAUGAAACUGAUGCUGUCUCCUCUGCACCUGUGAUUUAUUGAGUACAAAUUUAAGAUGAGAAAAGGCCCCAUACCAGGAGCUGCAUCUUCCCCCUCAAAGGGAGGCUGCUCAUCCAUCACCGACCAUUGCAAGAGGCCCAAUAGCGAGCUGCUCAUCAGAUGAGGCAAUAGUCUCUUUGUUGGGAUUCCUAACAAGUGUUGGAUCAGCAAAAGUCUAUUUAGACUUGUGGACCUUUCAGGACCAAUUUGUAGUGGGUCACUGAUUCUGCUUGUGUAUUAUCUUCUUUACUUACUAGUACCAGUUGGGCAAGCAGCAGAGAUUAAUGGUUUUAGCUGCUGACUGUUUGUGGCAAUCUACCACAUCUGGAGCCAAAGAUUAAGAUUUGUGUAAGAGUGUGUGCUUGUGUGCAUGCAUGUGCUUGUGUGCUUGUGCAUGUAUGGCUUACCACCGUGGCUGAGUUAAUGGACAGAGGGCCUUUGUGCUGCUGAACAUCAUAUUCUUACUCUGUCACUGAAAACCACACAUUUUUAUCCUGUUUUAUCCUGUUUCAGUAUUUUGAUGGCCAUGUUUAGGGAGUCAUCAUAGAGUUUUAUUUUUUGGAAACCCAGUUUAAAUACAGAUAUCCAUGUUGUAGCCGUCCUGGUGGGGCCAUAGUAAAUCGCUCCAUAUAACAAACAGUGUUAUUAAAUUAUUACCUUUACAUCCCACCUUAUUCUGCAAGGAACUCAAGGAGUGUAGUUAUUCCCAGCUCUCUUUUCUCAUCACAGCAGCCCUGUGAGGUAGGGCUAGUCUGAGAGACAGCCAAAGAAUACUGAGCAAGGAUUUAAAUCAGGGGUUUCCCUGACCCACAGCUCUAAUGACCAACCCCACACUGGUUUUUUCCUGUUUGCGUUCACCAUGGAAAUUGGGUGACUUUUUUCACUCCACUACCAACCUUUUCUGAGAUGUUUGCACCGAUAUGGAGAAAACAGACUGAUCCACAUGACAAGGCAGUAAAACGACGUAAAAUUUCUGGAAAUGUUGAAGCCAUGGGCGGGGGGACAACUGUUUUUUUUAUUUUUAAUGGAAAUUUUUGAGGAAAUUGAAAUGCAUUGAUUUCAGGAUCUCAUCCAAAACUGGCACAAUCUUGUCUGAAAUUGGCACCAAUGGUGGCAGGGCUUCUCCUCCAUCAGUCAAUGUGGCAGGGCGCAUGGCAGUGGCACAGCAGGGGGUGGCAAGAGUAGGCAGGUCAUGGGUAGGCAAACUAAGGCCCGGGGGCCAGAUCUGGCCCAAUCGCCUUCUAAAUCCGGCCCAUGGAGGGUCCGGGAAUCAGCAUGUUUUGACAUGAGUAGAACGUGUCCUUUUAUUUAAAAUGCAUCUCUGUGUUAUUUGUGGAGCAUAGGAAUUCAUUCAUUUCCCGCUCCAAAAUAUAGUCUGGCCCCCCACAAGGUCUGAGGGACAGUGGACCGGCCCCCUGCUGAAAAAUUUUCUGACCCCUGAGGUAGGUGGUAGCAGCAGUGGCAGCGCAAAGUGGCAUUCCCUGUUUUGCCUCAAGCAGUGGGACAAGAAGUGGACCCGAAAGACUUCGAAAUAAGGACAAAAAAUCCUUUCAGGAAGAUUGGGAACUUCUCUGCCCUUCUUUACUAAAGAACAUAAUUUAUCUAGAUAGUGUGCAGAUUUGAAAAUUUAAGAGCUUAGAGCAGCUGAGUUUAGGAACGAAGAAGGAAUAUUAAUGUGAAUGUACUGCACCUUGUUUGCAGUUUCCAAACCAAUACAUUAACCAAAAUACACCUUUGAAAUCCACAAAUCUCUGAAUUUUGCAAUUCAGUUCUGCAACAAUAAAUGUGUACAUUGAGCAAAGAUGUACGCAGAAAUAUAUUAUAUUGGGGAAAGCUGUUUGCAGAAAUGCAUAUAUUGAUCAAAGUUACAUAUAAAUUCAUGUACUGGGAAAAUUAUUAAAAAUUUGCUAUGCAGUGUUUUUUUAAAAAAAUAUUAAUCACAAACUGAAGGGGAAAUGGAGAAAACUGAAUUCAGGACUGGAAAAUGAGGUAUGGAGAGAAAGCAGAUUUCAUGGAUUUGUCCAACCCUAGUUUAGGACAGAAUUUCUGCAUCUUCCAAGUAAACUUUAAAAGGUUCUUAAACGUUUAGGGUAAAUAGAAAAGAACAGUAAAUCAAGCAAAUGUGAAAAUGAAUACAAAACAUCAUGCUUAUCAACUACAAAACAGGUGCAAAGUUUUAUAAAUUGCCACUAGCCAAUUUCAGUUAAAUGCAGUUACUCUCCACUGCCCUAGAAUGCAAAGUCAGUUUUCUUUAUCACCGUACCAGCAUGGACACACUGUAGUCCCCAAACUCCUAUAACAGACAGAAUCAUACGAGUGUCAAAAUACAGAGGUUAAUGUCUGCUUGUUAGGACCACUGCUGAAAAUAUAACCUUGUUUGUUCGUUCAUUUGCUCAAAUCAAUUUUACUUUUCAACGUAAAAUUCCCAAGGCUGCUUACAACAUAUUUUAAAAUCAAUAACAAUAAAACCAUCAAAACAAAACAACACAACAGUAAUUGUUUUCUUCAGGUGGGGAAUCCCAAAGAGCAUUGAAAGCUACUAAACUGCCUGACCAGCCCUCAUGUCUGAGCCCAUUAAAUGUCUGAGAAAUCAAACUAUUUUUACCUGGAUUCUGAUAAGUGAUCAGAUUUGUUGCCAGAUGACCAGAUAAGAGAGGAAGAGAGACAGAGAGAUAUCUGUUAUUAAGGUGCCACAAUCAAGGAGGCCCUACUUCUAGUUGCCAGAUGUAUCACCUUAGAUGAAAUGGCUUGUGUGUUCAAAAACAUAAAACAGAAUUCUUAACUGAUUUGAAUCAGUUUCUUACCUUAAAGGAUGCAGGUGGCGCUGUGGUCUAAACCACUGAGCCUUGGGCUUGCCGAUCGGAAUGUUGGCAGUUUGAAUCCCCACGACGGGGUGAGCUCCCGUUGCUCUGUCCCAGCUCCUGCCAACCUAGCAAUUCAAAAGCAAGCCAGUGCAAGUAGAUAAAUAAGUACCACUGUGGCAGGAAGGUAAACAGGGUUUCCGUGUGCUCUGGCUUCCAUCAGGGUAUUCCAUUGUGCCAGAAUCAGUUUAGCCAUGCUGGCCACAUGACCCAGAAAGCUGUCCGUGGACAAAUGCCAGCUCCCUCAGCCUGAAAGCGAGAUGAGUGCCGCAACCCCAGAGUCGCAUUUGACUGGACUUAAUCGUCCAGGGGUCUUUUACUUUUACCUUUAGCUUAAAGCAAUAGUCAAGGGAAAAACCUCAACAGCUAAGAGAAGGGCAGUUUGGUGAAUGGAAUACAAUCAAGUUUUGUUAUGCUUGGCACUGCAGUCCAAACCCUAGCUGGGGAGUGGCAGGCAAAUUGUUUCACCAGCUCCGGGCAAGACCAGCUCUUGAUCCUCUGGCAGAACUUCCAUUUGCCUCUAUAGGUCAGCUGGGAUGGGGAGUUCCACAUUGGCAGAGUGAUACUGGCCUCACUCUGUGGGCCAAGUUUGGUGGAAGCUGGUAGGGUUGGAAAGAUGGGCAUCUCCACCUAUUCAAACCCUCCCCAGUCAGUGCGAAGAAGGUUUGGAUUGCAGCCUUAAUAUUUUUUUUUGUUUUAUUAACAAGUUCUAAACCAGGCAUAGGCAAACUUGGCACUCCAGAUGUUUUGGGACUACAGCUCCCAUCAUCCCUGACCACUGGUCCUGUUAGCUAGGGAUGAUGGGAGUUGUUGUCCCAAAACAUCUGGAGGGCCAAGUUUGCCUAUGCCUGUUCUAAACUGUGUUGGCAAUGUAAAGAGAAAGAGGGCAAUUUUUACCAUAUGUGGUGGACAUGUACAUUGGUAAAGGCUUUCUGGGAAAUGAUAUAUAAUGAACUUAAGAAAAUGUUUAAAAAUAGAUUCGUUUAAAAAACCAGAAGCCUUUUUACUAGGUAUUAUAGGUGAAGAGUUUCCAAGAGAAGAUAAAAGACUUUUAAUGUAUGCAACAAUGGCAGUGAGAGUGCUACUAGCCCAGAGAUGGAAGGAAGGAGAAAUACCAACAAAAGAAGACUGGCAGAUGAAACUGAUGGAGUAUGCAGAAAUGGCAAAACUGACAGGAAAGAACCGAAAUCAGGAAGAUCAAGUAUUUUCUAAAGACUGGAGUAAAUUUGUAAUUUACUUAAAAGACCACUGUAAACAGUUAAAAUAUUUGGCAAGGAUGUAAAGACAUUUAUAAUGUGGAAUAAUUAUGGUUAUAUAAUAGCUAGAUAAGGGUAAAAGAUGCAGUAAAUUUAAUCUUAAAGAUGGAACCCAUGGAGGAAAGGAAGGAGAUCUAAGGAUUCGAAAGAACUCUGUAUUUUAAUGUUUGAAAUCGCUACGUUUUAUAUGUAUUAAAAUUUUUCAAAAACUUAAUUAAAAAUUAUAAUAAUAUUUUUAUGUUUUGUUUUAAAAGAAGACAAUAAAAGUGGCAAUGCAUAAAACUACACAUGCUUUGAAGGAAGUGGUCAGAAAAUGUUUUGCUCCCUCUCCCAUUACACUAGAACCCGCACCACACAUUACUUAAUUGUAUAGUUUAGCUCUGUGUGUUUAUUUUCACUUUAAGAGGGAGGCAUAGGGGCACGAUUAAGAUUAGGGCUAUGGUAGGGGUGAAGUGUUUCUUUGAUCCUUUAUUCCCAUACCACAGUCAAAACAAAAGACCCCUCCCCAAACCCCUAUUUGCAUUAGGAAAGAAACAGCCCUACUGGGGACAAUUUUUGUCAUGAUCGUGGCACAGGCAUAAAGGGUUAAAAAGUGCUACUUUUUCAAGCCCUGAUCCUCCCACUCAUCCAUCUUCUAUAGUGUGUACAAACUGAAAAAAGUAAAUAUGCAGCACCAAACUAUUUGUUUGUUCUAUAACUCAGAGUCACUUAAAAGCAUUGAUUGGCAGCAGAUUCAGGAUAGGCCAGAGAAAAUAUUUCUACACACAGUGCAUAAUAAAUUUAUGGAUUUCACCACCAUCUAACAUAACAUACAGACCAUAUAUUGCAAUCCAAUACACACAACAAUCUGGUAAACAAAAUCUAGCAAAGUUUUUCCCCUGACUCAAACCUCUUUAGAUGUUUUUUUAUUUCUUGUUUUGCUUUUCUAUCCCAAAGAGGAGGACUUUCCCUUUUUUCCUCUGAGGAGACCACAAACAGAACCUCAGAGCAACACCAUUCUCCCCACCUGCAGUUCUGGGCAACUGGCAUUCAAACACAUGCCAAAAUCAUGCAGCAGCAUGGAAGACAAGGAGUAAAGGCCAGUGAAUGUGAGUAAUUUUAAUUACAAUCAUAGAAUUAGAGAGUUGGGAUGGAGUUAGCAGUCCUUUAACCCAACCUUAUGUAUGGAAAUGAAAGCUGGACCAUAAAGAAGGCUGAUCACCAAAGAAUUGAUGCUUUUGAAUUAUGGUGCUGGGGGAGACUCUUGAGAGUCCCAUGGACUGCAAGAAGAUCAAACCUAUCCAUUCUGAAGGAAAUCAGCCCUGAGUGCUCACUGGAAGGACAGAUCCUGAAGCUGAGGCUCCAAUACUUUGGCCACCUCAUGAGAAGAGAAGACUCCCUGGAAAAGACCCUGAUGUUGGGAAAGAUGGAGGGCACAAGGAGAAGGCGACGGCAGAGGAUGAGAUGGUUGGACAGUGUUCUCGAAGCUACCAACAUGAGUUUGACCACACUGCGGGAGGCAGUGGAAGACAGGAGUGCCUGGCGUGCUCUGGUCCAUGGGGUCGCAAAGAGUCGGACAUGACUAAACGACUAAACAACAACAACCAACCCAACCCUGAGAGGUGACUAUCCAGUUUCUAUUGAAAUAUCUCCAGUGAAGGCCAGCCCAUCCCCCUGAGGCAGGUGGUUCCCUUGUUGAGGAGUUCUUUUCAUUAGCGAGUUUCUCCUGAUGCUUCCCUGCCAUUUCCACCCAAAUAGUCAUUUUAAUAACAAAAGCAAUUGGGAAUUCCACACCUGUAGUAGGUGACUGGGGAUACUGGGACUUGAUGGACCUUUGGUCUGAUCCAACAGGAUUCUUCCAUUUUUAUAUUUUCAGAACUUUUGACAGGACACUUAAGGAUGGUCUGUAUUCAUUUGCUGCAUAUGUUUCUCUCAUUAACUUAAAGAAGCUGCACAAAAUUGAAAAUAAAGGAUAGGUAUCAAGACAAUCCCUUCACUGGGAAUCCUUUUAUUAGGACAGAACAGCUCAGUGGGUGAGGAAUGCAUGCAUUCAACAAUCCCAUUUUUAAAGAAAAGAAUGUGAUCAUUUCUUAAUAAAAAUGAUCUAAUUAUCUCAAUAAUUCUCUUUUUUAGUUGCAGAAAAAAGGUCUUUUCUAUUCUAGCUGCCCUGUUUCAAGGAUCAUCAAUCACAGUCAUUGGGGUCAUCCAACCCUACCACGAUACCAGUUGUAUACACACUACUAUACAGGGUUUCAUUUUGUGUGGCUGAGCUCAAGGACAUGAUGCUGUUUAACCAGCUGAUGAGACUGGGAAGACAGAAAUAAGGAUGAUGUGAAACAUUACAUUGCACUGUGGAUUCCAAGAGGUAACGGAAGACACAAAUGUUGGGUUUUGUACAAUAAAAACAGACCAGCCUCAAACACUACAGUCAGCCAGGUAUAGGCCUACUCACCCAGGGUAAAAUAGUAAUAAUAAUAAUAAUAAUAAUAAUAAUAAUAAUAUACUGAAAACAGGCAUUGCUAUAGUUCAAAAUGCAUCAAUCAUUUUAACCACAAUGUCCUGUUUGAGAUUUACUUAUUUAUUAAAUCUAUAUAGCUACCACCUCCUUCCUUAGUGACUUGCAUCAGAACAGUAUUCAAAUGCAAUAUAUAAGGACAUGAAAAUCUGACUUUUUGGGGGUUUCUCUCCAUUUCUCAUUGUCCCAGGCUUAAAUUCAGAUUUCUACAUUUCCACAUCAGUCUGCAUUUUGCAAAAAGCCUUCAUGAGAGUUCAUCAGCAUAUUAGAGAAAUUUGAUCCUGAAACACACACACUUGUAUGCAAUUUUGCCUAAAUAUAGACAUUCUUUUUGCAAAGCAGAGUCCCCUCAUAUACAGUGGUGCCUCGCAAGAUGAAAUUAAUUCGUUCCGCGAGUUUUGUCGUCUUGCGAUUUUUUUCGUCUUGCGAAGCACAGUGUCGGGAAAGUUUUGGAAAAGCUUCAAAAAAUCACCAAAGUCUUUAAAAACCUCAAAAAAGGCUACCACACCGUGUUCUAUGAGUUGCUCCUUGAAGUCAAGUCGCAACCGUAUUAAUGGUGUUAAGAAAAAGGAAACAAACUUGCAAGACGUUUCCGUCUUGCGAAGCAAGCCCAUAGGGAAAAUCGUCUUGCGAAGCAGCUCAAAAAACAAAAAACCCUUUCGUCUAGCGAGUUUUUUGUCUUGCGAGGCAUUCGUCUUGCGAGGUACCACUGUAAUACUUUUGUGUGCGCUGUUUUAACUAAUAUAUUUACUGUUACGCUUGCUUUGCCCUAGCAUAUGCAUUUUUUUGUACACAUUACCUAGCUAGAGAACUGCAUUGCAAAAGUCAGAGACGUGCAGACAUCAAAGGCUGGCUGUGGUUCAGUUCAUGUAUUGUUUCACAAAGUGCAAAAUAAGUAGAUCUGCCUUGAAAUGCAAACUGAAUCAAAUUUCUCCCCAUCCCAUGGAAUCUAUAGCCAUUAAAAGCAACAAUAAACAGCAGCAAAACUCUUCCUUUCAGCAGAAGAAUUGUGAAUGCAGCUGCAGUGCUUUACUCCUGAUCAGUGUUUGAAACUCCAGUUGUUCUAGGCACAGUUUGUGACAGGGAAUUUCAUUAGUGUGAGCAGUUUCUGAGCUCUGGACCAGUGCUGGAUUUACAUAUAAGCUAAACAAGCUAUAGCUUAGGGCCCCACUCUCUUGAGGGCCCCAAAAAAAUUUAAAGGGGAAAAAACCUGGAUGUACGUUUUCAAAUUAUAAGAUAACAAACAAACAAAUAAAAUAAAACCUACAUACAGCAACAGUGUUUUGUGUUGUGUAUGGACCUAUCAGGUCCAUAAAUUACCACAUAGCACAACACACAAAACAGCGACAAUUUGUUGUUGAAAAAGGACAGCUGGACAUAUAAAAGGCCCCAUUACCCUCAGUAGCUUAGGGCAUCAAACCUAAAAUCCAGCCCUGCUCUGGACACAGUACUACGCCUAAGAUUUCAGAUUAAAACUGCAGAGUGGAAGGAAAGGAGGGCCUUUUUCUGCCUCCCCACUUCCAGCUACUCUCUGGAGAAGAGACCCUCUUAAGAAUAUUAGGGGUAGGUGAGCAAGGGAAGGACUAGACCAUGUGAAAAAUGAACAUAAUAUUUUAGCUGCAGUUCACUCAUUGUCAGCUUUGUAUUCUUGUUAUAAAGAAAAAGUGUGCCUAGACAUUCCAUUGUUGCACCCAUUACCAGGUUUAAGGUGCCAUUUAGCUCCUAGCUAUCAUAUCUCCAUUUCAAACACUGCUCCUGAUUACAGGUUUCACUAUCAUCCCUCUGCCAGUGUGGUGUAGUGGUUAAGAGCGGUAGACUCGUAAUCUGGUGAACCGGGUUCGCGCCUCUGCUCCUCCACAUGCAGCUGCUGAGUGACCUUGGGCUAGUCACACUUCUUUGAAGUCUUUCAGCCCCACUCACCUCACAGAGUGUUUGUUGUGGGGGAGGAAGGGAAAGGAAAUUGUUAGCCACUUUGGCUAACUCCUUCGGGUAGUGAUAAAGCGGGAUAUCAAAUCCAAACUCUUCUUCUUCUCUUCUUGUCUGCUUCUGAUGUUCAGACUAUGAAUGCCAUUGCCAUUGCUUAUGAUGCCCAAAUGCUGGAGGAUGGGAAGGGGAAUGUGGGUGGGGGACAUGGAAUAGAUUGGCUGGACUCUGAAACACCUGCAUUCCAUGUUGCAAGUCCCACUUGUGGACAGUGGCGGAGCUUCGUGCUCUGGCACCGGGGGGCGGAGAGCAGGUGGGGGUGGGGCUGGUGCGUGUCCUGGGGGUGGGGCACGCCACCUGCAGGGGCGUGGCGCCCAGCGCAGGGGGGCAGCCAUGAUGGCACCCCACCGGGAUUGCACUACCGAGGGCAGUCCGCUCCCCCCGCACUCCUCUUCCUCCGCCAGUGCUUGUUGAAUUAUUUACAUAUGUUCCUGUAUGUCCUUUCCCCUGCUAGUUCCACUUUUAUAUCAUCUCACUACCGGGAGGUCUGAGGAAUAGGUGGCAACAUUGCUGCUAUCUACAGAGAGAGGUUGUUUUUUUAAUCCACCUGUAAGUUACGAUAUUCCCACGAAAAGAGUGAUUGCAAGGUGGGGCUUGGGGAGCAUUAAAUGAGACAGACAAAAGCAAGUGAUAACCUGUGCAGCUAAUCCAAGCUGUACACUGCAGCACUGCAGCUUAGUGGAUCAUCUGCAGCUGAAACCCAUUUUAUGCCUCCUUUUCUCCGAGAUACCACCAACCCCAGCCCCACAACACUUCUGGUUUAGCACUAAAAACAGCAUGCACUAAACAAAGGAUAGUCAACUUGAUGCCCUCCAGAUGUUCAUAGACUCCCAUCAGCCCUGGUCAGCAUGCCCAAGAGGCAGGAAUGAUGGGAGUUGUUAUAGUAGGACUUGGAGACUUCCAUGUCCACUCCCAGGCAAGGCCCCAUAUCAUGACAGGUGGUGGGAUGGGUGGGUGUACAUUGUCCCCUUAGCCAUAUGCUAAGUUGUCAUUCAGGUGCUACCUAAACUACAAACCCACAUCCAUAAUAAUAUAAGAAAGGCCCCACUAGAUCAGACCAAAGGCCCAUCUCGUCUAGCAUCCUGUUCUCACAGUGGCCAACCAGACACCUAUGGAAACCCCACGAGAAGGGCCUGAGUGCAAAAGCAGCCUCUUCAUGGCCCCAGCAACUGGUAUUCAGGGCCAUACUGUCUCUGACAUGUAGGUAGAAUAUAGUCUUAUCCUCCACAAAUUUGUUUUAUUUUCCCUUAGCUGCUGGGAAAUCCUCUAUUUGUAAUUUAAUGGCAGACCAGAGGAAGAGGGCUUUGUCAUGGAAAAAUCUCAUUGAAAAAUCCUAGGAAAGGGGGAAAGUCCAGAAAUGACAUUAGAGUAGGCACCAGGUGGGUCUUUUUUUCGGAAAAAGUGUUCCAUAACCCAAAAAGGGCAACUCCUGAAAGGCCCUUUCUCUUCUAACCCACCACAGCCACCAUAUUCUGUUGUUCAGCCACUGUGGAUUAGGACCAGCAGAGAAAUUCAUGCAAAUCUACCUAAUUUGCAUUAUCUGAAACAAUAUGCAAACUGAACCAAAACUGCCCUUUAAAGUUUGCCCUUCUCUGAAUUUUGUUAUGCCAUUCUUCAACUGAAUAAUGUGUGCAAAUAAAUUAUGCAAAGGAGUGCAAAAAAAAAUUGCAUCAGAUUGGUGAAAAAUCAUUGCCGAAUUGUGUAUAUCAGGCAAAAUUGCAUUAAAAAUGUGUACAUUAGGAGAAAUUGACACUAAAGUACUGUUUUCAUGAUUUUUUUAAAAAAAUAUUUUAAUUGAAACUAAAGUAGAAAUAUGGAGAGAUGAGGUUUAAGACUGGAAAAUAUGAGCAACAGAGAGAAACCAAAAGCAGAAAGAGAAAGGAAUGGAGAGAGAACAAUGGUACAUUUUGUAGUGGGCCCAGAAGAAUCCUUGACUGUGUUCAUGUGAAUUACUGGGCUGAGCACAGAUAGAAGCUCUCCCAGUGUUUGAACCAAUCCUCUAGAGGCCCAUUAAAAUGUUCCUGACAAACUUAACUCAGGGUGUAGAACCAAUGAGCCAGAUGUAGGUGCGCAUGAGGAUAAAAAUGGGCAGCCUGAAAAACAGAAUGCAGCCAUCUUGAUCUCUCAGACACCAAAUGGUUCCCCUUGAUCAUACAGUGUAGACCGGGAAGGUAAAUGUGCCCAGUUUCCUUUGAAACAUCCAUGGCAGCUUCUCUCUUGGGGCAAUAGCAGGUUUAAGAACAGGGUAUGAGGACUACCACACAGAGGGGAAAGUUUCAACCCUCCAUUGGGUCAUUGUUCCAUCAUAGCCUUUUCUUUAAUCUCCCCCACCCCUUAAAAAUAACACUACCACAGAACAUAAAUUACACUGGUUUUCUGCAUAUCCACCCCAUCCAUAAUAGCACCUCACCUGUUUAUUCUUGCACAGCCUUGACUGUUUCUCAGUUUCAUAUACGAUAUACGAUAUCUUUAUUGUCAUUGUCCCAUACAGAACAAUGAAAUUGAAAAACUACAUAAAACAUUCAAAACAUUCAAAAACCCCUAAAAACUCUGAAACCCCAUUUUAAAAUACAAUAUACUAUACAGACUUCAUAAAGGCAUCUCAAAGGGUUUCCCCCUUUUGGACAUCAUAUUUCCAUGGCAGGUUAUUGCAACCACAGCUGUAUGUCUGAGGGUAUGUCCACAACCACUGGUGCAGGUAGGUAAUUGUAGACUCUGGACUUUAGAUGAUAAUAUGUAUUGCUACACUUCAGGGCUGGCCCGAUACAUUUUGGCACCUGAGGCAAACCAAAAAAUGGUGCCUUCCCCACAUCAGGUACAAGGCGGAAAGAAAGAUUUACAUCAGGAUCUGCUGCCCCUGUAGAUCCUGAUGCCUGAGGUGGUCACCUCUCUUGGCCUCAAGUAGGCUGGCCCUGCUACACUUCUUUAAACAGGUGCAUGCUGCAUUUGGGCGCCCUGAAGCUCAUUCUACUGCAUGGGGGCUCUGGACAUCUGCCCCCAAAUCCUGACCUAGCAGCACCAGUGUCUACCAGUGGCUAAGCAUGGGGGGGGGGACAGGGGCUGUUAACCUGGGCACAAAAUUCUUAGGGAUGCAAAAUUUCAAUACCUGGUGCUGCCUCAAUAAAGCUAUGUGCUUCCGUCGCUGAGCUCUGUUGAAAAUAGCUUCUCUAUCUGAACCAGGAAGUGAUCUGUAUGGACAAUGGAACAACUCUUCUUAUCUCUACAAUGUCCUGAGUGACAUGGAUGUUGUUAGGCAGUUGAAUGUGCAUGCAAACUCCAUUCCCCCCCCCAUACAGCCCUGGGCGCUAUCAACCCAUGCUAUGCCACUAAAUUCUUGGGGGAAAGUGAUCUGUGAGCCCCCAGUGAGUACUACAAACACCCAAGGAAUGAGGGACAAAUCAACACAUUUGGUUCUCUUGUCUGAACACAUCCUGAAUCAGCGCUGUACUUCCAGUGCAGCAGCAGUCUCCUCCUCCUAGAUAUCAUUUAACAAUGCCCAACAAUUUAUGUGCCCAACAAAUUCAAGGUAGCCUUUUGCAAAAAAUAAAAUAAAAAAAUCUGACCCACUUUUCUUUCUUGUUUAGGCUCCUUUCUAAAUAUAUAUUGGGAGGGAAUGAAGCAGAGUCAGGAGAAUUGUGCUUCAUUAGGUGAAAAGGGAGCUAUGUGAGAGUAUAAGGUGGGCACCCCUCCCUCUUUUCCCCCAUUGGGGACAAUAAAUCUGAUCCAACGUUCUCUGAUCAACAGCAACGUGAAAAUUGCAAACCUGACCAGUACAUCAAACAGGAGUUUGAAAAAUACUUUGUGGGAGGGGGUGGGAUGCUAACUGUGCAUCCUUAUCCUGUGACUGCACUGAUAUUAAAUCUGGAAAUAGCACAGAGCAACAACCACCACAAACACAAAGACACAGAAGCUGUCAAAACAGAAACCAAACAAAAUCCCUAAUGGGGACUUGGGGUGAAAAGAGCAAAAUAAGAAGAGUAUGCAGCAUAGGUUUAUGAUUAUAUUUAAAUCUUUAGGCAGCAGAUAAGGGGAUUCCAAAAUUCUCUCUGUCUAAGCAAUUUUUGCAACCAAUGAAAGGGAAUUGUUAAUCAGGCUGAGUGCAAAGGCAAUUUCCAGAGGACACUAAUACAAUAUGAUAUGGACUUGCCAUUUGUUCUAUGAGCAGCCUGCAGGAUCUCUGAGUUGCCCUCUGCUUUGAUUUCUAUGUACUGUGAACUGAUAUAGAAAAGCUUGUUUGAGAUCCUAUAGAAAGCGUGCCAACUUCUUCCAGAAGGCUUCUUGGCAACCUAUGGUCAAAGACUUGGAAUGAUCCAGCAAAGCAUCUAAUGCAGUUCUCUUUCGCUUCCAAUGCAGGGCAAAAUGGGGAAUCAGCACACAAGGGCCAUCUUUCCCAUAGGGUUUAGUGGUGCGUUGUGCCAGGGCGCCAGCCUCUCGGGGCUCCCCAGCAAGUGAGGGAGAUGCACGGCUUUGCCGACAGCCUCCCCUUUCCCUGCACACCCACCAGCUGCGCCCUGCUAACCAUAAGGCUGGUGGGCGUGCAGCUUCCCUCCCAAGCCUCCUUGGGAGGAGAGCGAUCCCGACAGAGGCGUAGGAUGGAAGCUGCGCCCCGCCAACCAUAUGGCGGGCAGCUUCCCUCCCAAGCCUCCCAAGCCUCUGCGGGGAUUGCUCUCCUCCCGAGAAGGCUUGGGAGGGCAGCUGUGCUCUUCACCCACGAAGACUUGGGAGGGGCACAUCUUCACUCCCAAGCCUCUGCAAGGAUCGCUCUCCUGCAGCGGCAUGGGGGAGAGUUGCGUGCCCCCCCCGAUGGCUGGCAGUGCGCAGCUACGGCCACCCCAACACUAUCGGUGGUAAUUUGGGGGCACUGGGCGGAUGUUUGCACCCCGGCACCGCAUCUGCUAAAGACGGCCCUGGGUGUUGAAUAAAUUAAUGGAGGACAGAUCUAGUAAUGGCUUUUGCUAGUCAUAACAGCUAAGACAGAAACUCCCUUGAUCAGAGAUGAGCUCCAUGGUUCUGGUGGUCAGAUGCUGGGCAAACAAAAGGUGGUACCAUUCUCAGGCCAUCUUUGUCUGCCUCACAGAUCCCCCUCCCCAGCCCACAAGGCUGGCAAGAAUUAGCUCAGGACUGCAGCUGAAAUGAAUUUGGAUGGAGCAAGAUGGAAUUCUCCAGCAAAAUACCUCAAUUUGUGUCUGCUUAAAAAUCAGACUAAAAAAAUAUAUAUAAUCAGACAUAUUCUCCAAAGCUUAAUGUUCUCAGCAUUACCAGUUUUAAAUUGUGCAAGAUAUAUGAUUGUUUUUAAAAAGGCAUGUUAGCCUGGUUAGCUCAGUUGGUUAGAGUGUGGUGCUAAUAAUGCCAAGGUUGCAAGUUUGAUCCCCAUAUUGGACAGCUGCAUAUUGGACAACUCUACAAUCUAUGAUUCUAUGUGUAAGAGGACCAUGUUUGCGCCAGAAGAGGUUGUCAUGCUGGCCACAUGACCUGGAAAGCUGGCUGUGGACAAAUGCUGGCUCCCUCAGCCUGAAGCGAGAUGAGCAUUGCACCCCAUAGUCACCUUUGACUGGACUUAACUGUCCAGGGGUCCUUUACCUUUUUUACCUUUUUACUAGUAUUCUUAAAAUUGGCUAAGAUUUAAAAAAUUGAAGUGGUUUUUUAAAUGGAGUAUUCCAAAAAGGAAAGUCUCUGAAGUGAAACUUGAAAAGCUCAAAAUUCAAAAUAUCACUUUUAAAAAAUCAUUUUAUAAGCAAAAAACAGAGCAACAACAUGUCAGACAAGCACUUGAGAAAUCAAAAAGUCUUUAUUAACAUUUAACAUGCAAUUCAAGCUUCUAAAUAAUCCUGGGAGUUGUAAUUUAUCCCCUGAAGUGCCUAGUGUCCUUCAUAAACUACAGUUCCCAAGAGUCUUUGAAGGGAGGAAUGUGAUUUAAAUGUGCGGUACAUUCACAGCCUAGAUAAACUAUAUUUCAAAUGGAAUAAUUCCGGUGGCCUGGAGGGCUUCAUUGGAGAAGCAGUUCCAUAGCUGUAGCACCAACAUUGAGAAAUCAUGGUUACCAAGAGAACUAACCACAAGGAAUUUAGUAAAGGUUCUUGAGAUGUCUAUUAUUUGGGUCAAUUCUAGUUUAAAGUUUCAAGCUGUAAUGUCACCCUGGAGUCUUCUGCAGAAAUAAAAAAUAAGGAUUUGUGCAUGAUAUUUCCUCAUUGGUGGCCAGCUUUUCAUGGACACCUGCCAUGAAAAUGUGUCUACAUGAAAAGUUCAGCUUCUGUUGUGUUGCUUCAAAUGUCGUUCUCCAACAUUGGCUAACUGAAAUAAGCAUGCAGCUUCAGACAAACAUAGCUGUCCUUGUUACAGGCUUUCCACACACCAUAAAUCAGAAGGUCUUGUGAAGAGCCAAUCUUCACUUAAUUAGACUUCCCUACAGUGUAAAGAGUUGGAGAGGUGUGUGUGAAAGAAAGAGAGAAACCGUCCAUCAUAGGCUUUCUGCUGUUGGACAUAGUAAAGGUAAAGGGACCCCUGACCAUUAGGUCCAGUCGUGACCGACUCUGGGGUUGCGGGACUCAUCUCGCUUUAUUGGCCGAGGGAGCCGGCGUACAGCUUCCGGGUCAUGUGGCCAGCAUGACUAAGCCGCUUCUGGCGAACCAGAGCAGCGCAUGGAAACGCCAUUUACCUUCCUGCCGGAGCGGUACCUAUUUAUCUACUUGCACUUUGACGUGCUUUCAAACUGCUAGGUUGGCAGGACGGGGAGCUCACCCCAUCAUGGGGAUUCGAAUCGCCGACCUUCUGAUCAGCAAGUCCUAGGCUCUGUGGUUUAACCCACAGCGCCACCCACGUCCCCGCUGUUGGACAUACAGCAUUAGAAUUCUAGAAUACAAAGAAAAACUCAUUUGGUGGAUCAUUCCUCUGCACAAAUGGAAAUAUAGAGUUUGUAGUCAAGUCAAUAAACUGUAGUCAAGUGGAAACUGUUGCUAUAGUUGUAGCUGCUGGUCCUAAUGGUGGCAAUUUCACACAUCUUUUCUCAUCAGUGUUAUGGGCCAUAUUGAUUUAAGUGCCUUAAGAAUGUCAGGUGCAAAAUGUUUGUGGACAGCCCCAUCCACACUGCCCAGCUAAAGGAUUUGGGUGUAAGCUGCUACAGCCCCAGUGCUUUCAAGGGCAACUGAAGGCCUCAAAUCCAAAGCCUUUCACUGAAAAAGGAUCGUGGAUUGGGCCGAGAAUAUAAAGGUGUGUGCUUAUGCGUCCACAUUCAUCUAUAUUCAGAGGCACUGGCUAGCAUUUUUCUCUCACUGGGGAUCUACUACAGCUGAUUUUUUUAAGAAAAAUGUUAAAGAUUUCCCCCUAAAUGUUAAGGAGAUGGAACCAUGAGGACUAGAACCAGUUUUUUUAAUGCAGCUAAAAUGGGAAAAUGAGAGGUGUCUCUUAAUAAAAAAUAUUCCUCUUUUCCCUGAUUUCAUUUGCAAGAUUCUCACGUGUGUGUUGUGUUGUGCCUUAGAUGGCUGUGGUGCCCUUAUCCACCUUCAGCCUUUUGAAAAAGGUGGGUCACAAUAAUCUAAGCAAAUGUAGAAAUAAUGUUGUGCAUGCCUUAGCUUGUGGCAGCUCCUUGAGUGAGUGCAAAACUAAUAUUUCUGCCUAAGUACGGGUGGAGGAAGAAGGACAGAGGAAGAAAAAACUGUGGGGAGAUGUUUCUGAUCAUAACUUAGUUCACUCAGGGAGAGCCCAAAACAGUUAACACUUGCAGAGAAGCCUCCUGGAGGCAACCCAGACUCCUAAAUGAACAUAUAUGCCUGAACAAACAAACAAACAAAACCAACAGCAAAUCUGGGGAUUUAAGGUGCACUUUCUAAUUAAGCUUAAGCGCAUUGCACUAAUGAAUUCAUCAGUUACACACAAGCGAUAUUGCUGUGUCUUUAAAUACCUGUUUGUGGGAGGGGGGAGCUGUAGAAGCGGAGUACCUUUCAUUCUCCGUUCAUUCUGGACAAUGAGAACACCUCGGGAUACCAGGCCUUUGCUUCUUCCCUCUCUUCCCAUAGAGAUGCUCCACCUGCAGCGCUUGCAGAUGGAGAGCUGGUACUGGGUCAGUAAAAAAAAUAAUUAAAAUUUUUAAAAAGCACGUGGAGGAUUCGUUUACCCCGAGACAUGACAGAUCCUACGCUGGUUAAAAGGGUUCUGUCGGAUCUCAACACUUCCAAGAAUGCCGUCGGGCUGGGGGUGUCAGUAGGCCAAAGCAAGGAGGAGUAGGGAGAGGGAGAGGGAGAGGGAGAGGGAGAGGGAGAGAGAGAGAGAGAGAGAGAGAGAGAGAUUUCAUACCUAAAUUCGUGGGCCAUGCAGCCGAAACGUGCAAACCUCCACAUUCCCACCCACCCCGUCUUAUGCACGCACAACACACACUCUGAUCUACAAUUGAUUAUUAACCAGAGCUGUUUUUGCUUUACACGGGAAGCUUGGGGUGUGUGGGUAGGUGGAGAUACAAGCACAGCAGAACACGUCGGUUGCUUUCACAGGUUUUGAAAUGUACAAAGGCAGCAAAAAGUGAAACCUUCCUUCCUGCCCUGAGAUCACCUCCCCCCACUUUUCUUUUCUCCUUCUCCCCUUUCCCCACCUCCCACUAUCAGAUCAUGGGCGACGCAAAAAUGGCUCUUUGGGAACAAGUUCCUGUUCCAAUCAGAACAUACGAUACACUGCAGACUCUCUCUCUCUCUCUCUCUCUCUCUCUCUGUGUGUGUGUGUGUGUGUGUGUGCGCGUGUGUGUGUGUGUUCUCUAAAUGGAAUGCGUGUAGGUAGGUAACAGGUUAGUAAAUGCAGAGCUGUGCAAGGAGGGAGGGCGCGAUAAGUACUGAGUUUCAUCAUCAACACAUUUCAAACCACGUUCCACUCAGAUGAAGGAAACAGAUCUCCCCCUCCCUCGACGUGAUUUUCAGGUUCGGGGUGUUCUUAGUUGUUCCUUUAUUUUUAUAGACUUUCACCUCGAUCCUGACUCAGCACGUGGUCUGGGCACUGAAAUGAGCUUCCCAGUUAUCCUUGUUAAGCACCUCUGCAAAAUACGGUAAGCUGCUCCGUCAACGCACCGAGAUCUACAGGUACGUCUCGGCUGGAACUAAUGUGGGAGACAACUUGGCAGCUGACCAGUUGCAUGGGAACGGAGAACGUACUGAGUCAGACAACUGUCCUAUUAUCAAGCUCAGUAUUGUCCACACGGACCGGCAGAGGCUCUCCGGGGUUUCGGGCAAGGGGAGAUGCCGGGAGUUGAACACUCAACCUUCUGCACGCCAAGCAGAUACUCUGCCGCUGAGCCACGUCUCCUCCCCAACUUACUGCGACACGAUUGCCAUGUCCCUCCGAAUUUUCAAAGGGGUGGGGAGUCAGAAUAGGAAGCUGAAGCAGCAGGGAGACGUUUUGCAUUCAACCUGAACACUUUUUUUUCUAAAUAAGGGGGAGGGUUCGAGGGGCUCCUGAACACUUGCCAGUCUGUGCUCAUUCCGACAGCCUCGUUCUUCUUACGCGCACCCGCAAGCGCAGCCACGCACACGGAUCCAAGCGAUGAAAUCCAUUAGCCUUUUUUGACCUUUCCAGAGUGAAACCAAAGUGGUGGUUUCAAGAUCUGUACACUUCCCUUAGGAAUUCAAAAAUUAAAAUAAAAUAAAAUAAAAGUCAGCCUUUACUAAUGUGAGAUUUGGACUUAGUCUCAAAUUCGCUGGGUUUAACCUGGACGGUGCCCUACAGAAGAUUUAGAUAGAAUCAUAGAACUGUGGAGUUGGAAGAGAUCCCAAUGGUCAUUUAGUCCAACCCCCUGCCAUGCAGGAAUCUCAACUAAAGCAUAGAUAGAUAGAUAGAUAGAUAGAUAGACAGAUAGAUAGAUAGAUAGAGUCCGGAAUUUAAUCACCAUCAACUGGGACUCAUUUGAGGCAUCAUUUGAACCAGGGGCGCUUUAAUCUGUUUUUUGCUCUCUUUUAGAAUUGCCUGUGUUUCCUUCUCGAAGAUCAGGCGCUCGUUUACUUCGGAGUCUCGCCUGCUUAAUUGUUUAUUGAACCUCUUUACUGUCUUGCGAAAUCAGCGGCUGCUACUCCCGCAGCUGUUGUCGCCCAGUGUAAGGAGACGUGUGCGGAGACCAGAGUACCACGCACGCACACCUUUCCUGCAUCCCAGCCACGUCGGCAGCUAGAGCAUCCACAGAUGGUCCGGCUGCGUUACUUAGGCGCAAGCUCUUUCGCGGGAACUUUCUGGCCAGCAAGUGAAGCUGAGGAUCGGAGCCUUGCCUAUCCCACAUCGCAUUCUCACUCGCAUCCGGCUUCGCUCUUCGCCACCGCCAGUGAACCGGAUUCAAACCAGG